AUGAAAAGGUGUGGCGCUCCGGUGGAUUUGUCCUUCAAAGCCAUCAGCAACUUUGCAGGUAGAAGUUUGAAUUUACGUCUAAAUUACUUUUCUCUCUUUUCUCAUUCCGAGUUCAGUUUGUUUGAUUCUGUUUCUGUGUUGUGCGAGCUGCCUGAACUGCGAGUGUUGUAUCUCCACGGCAACCGCAUCUUCACCUUGUCAGGGGUGGACAAGCUGGGAGUUCUUCCCCACCUGCACACCAUCACGCUCCACGGGAACAUCAUCGAGUCCCGCAAGGCCUACAGGACUCACGUCAUUUUGGCUCUGCCUGGAUUAAAGACCAUGGAUUUCAGCGCUGUGACCCCUCAGGAGAGAACCUUGGCACACCUUUGGCAGCACAGCACAACAAAUACACUUCACUGAAGGGUGUCAGAAAAGGUUCCUGGUCCACCUUGUGGGUUCCAGACCCAGAAUGUCCCAACACAUCCAAACUCCUCAUUCGGGGGGUCCCGAAAUCCUCGUCCCCCUCCCCGGCUGCAACACACUCAGACCCUCCACCCAACUCUCCCACCUCCUACACCUCCUCUCCUUCCUCCUCCUCUUCCUCUUCCUCGGACAACUGGACGUGUGAGGUGGCCGAGGGUCAGGACAAGGUCAUCUUGAGGAGGGUCCCGUUGGAGGCCCCCCACCACAAACUGACAGGGGGCAAGAAGCCCGUGCGCAGACCCCAGCUGAGGUGGGCCAGGAAGAUCAUGACGGAGCGCAAGCAGCGACGCAGAGGCAAGAAAACUUCUGCAAGUUCAGAGUGGAAGUCCACUCAAUAGUUCUUGGAAAUGUCCUUCACUCAAACAUGGACUUCCUUCUGCACAAUCAUAUCUUCAGUCAAACAUGGACUUCCUUCUGCACAAUCAUAUCUUCAGUCAAACAUGGACUUCCUUCUGCACAAUCAUAUCUUCAGUCAAACUUGGACUUCCUUCUGCACAAUCAUAUCUUCAGUCAAACAUGGACUUCCUUCUGCACAAUCAUAUCUUCAGUCAAAGUUGGACUUCCUUCUGCACAAUCAUAUCUUCAGUCAAACAUGGACUUCCUUCUGCACAAUCAUAUCUUCAGUCAAAGUUGGACUUCCUUCUGCACAAUCAUAUCUUCAGUCAAACAUGGACUUCCUUCUGCACAAUCAUAUCUUCAGUCAAACAUGGACUUCCUUCUGCACAAUCAUAUCUUCAGUCAAACUUGGACUUCCUUCUGCACAAUCAUA